UGCCUUCCAGGUCCUCUGGCUGCUUGCGCUUCUUGCUUCUCGCCAUGCCCGAGCCGGCCAAGUCUGCUCCGGCUCCCAAGAAAGGCUCUAAGAAAGCCGUCACCAAGGCCCAGAAGAAGGAUGGCAAGAAGCGGAAGCGCAGCCGCAAGGAGAGCUACUCCAUCUACGUGUACAAGGUGCUGAAGCAGGUCCACCCCGACACCGGCAUCUCCUCCAAGGCCAUGGGCAUCAUGAACUCCUUCGUCAACGACAUCUUUGAGCGCAUCGCCGGCGAAGCGUCUCGCCUGGCGCAUUACAACAAGCGCUCCACCAUCACUUCUCGGGAGAUCCAGACGGCAGUGCGCCUGCUGCUGCCCGGCGAGCUGGCCAAACACGCAGUGUCCGAGGGUACCAAGGCCGUCACCAAGUACACCAGUUCCAAGUGAGUCCCCUCUUGGGACGCGCUUGCUUCUAAAGGCUCUUUUCAGAGCCACCCCACCUUCUCAGUGAAAGAAGCUGCCCUAAAUAUCGUUUUUUGCCUUGUGGCAAAAGAAAUUUUACCGUUAUCCCUCCGUGAAAUAGUUGGUUAGUUGUGGAGGAAUUUCAGUGUGGGUUUUUUCAAUCAGUGUGGAAAGUUAUUGUGGAAUAUGUUCUUGAAACUUCUUUCCUUGACCUUGUGUCUUAAAUUGUGCCAACCUAGUGAAAUGCUCUUGACAAGCCUGCCUACGCAAGGCUGCUGAGGUGUGUACCACAAAAGUAAUUUCAAUUUCUAUGUAUAGUAAGAUUCUUUGAGUAUGUGUUUUGUUGACAAGCACAUACUUAACUCCAUUUAGGAGGAGGUUCCCUAGUGAGGAAGAUGAAAGCUUGAUUUUGACAACUAGGAAGUAACUGGAAAUGUUAGUGACAUCUUUCUCUCUUGAUAUCCUGUAAAACCUAUCUCAUACAGUUACAUCUAUGAUGAUAGUGUUUUCCCCAACUACCACUUUGAAAAGUUUUUGGAGCGAAAGGUUAAUUCUAUGUAAUGGCAACAAAAUAUGCUAGAUUUCACAAUUGAGAGUUUGGAACACUUGAAGAGAAAGGUCAAAUAUUGUGCAAAGGAAGUUGGUUGGUUUGACAGUUUAUUCUAGUCCUUUGAGAACCCUUGAACUAUUUUAGGCCUGGAAUGAAAUAAUAGAAUUUAGCCUUUAAAAAAAAAAAAAAAAAAAAAAAAAAAAAAAAAAAAAAGCUGGUUACUUUGGAGAUUAUUGGUUGAUCAUAGUAGAAGAAGGAAGCAAGUUAGGAACUUGUUGAUGUGUUUGGGACUAGAGAAGUCUGGUUUCCUGACGAACGGCAUCAGCAUUAUUAAAAGUGAACAUUC